CGAUCGGGCCUGGCUACUCAUCUCUCUCCCUCGCACCUCCUUCUCCACCUCCGGCCGCCGCCACAGCCAGGCCGGCGUAGUGGUGCGCCUCUGCCACCCAUCCAUCCACGAGCAUACUCACCUCUAGCACCACACCACCAUAUCCACUCCACAAGUAGCGCCACCACCACCAGCUCGCGCGCACGACCAGCCAACCACCUCCGCCGCCAUCUCCCUGCGCCGCCUAGUACCUUCAGCACCACCAGCGCCUCCACCGCGCCUUCACCCCACGCUCGCGCGCCCGACCAGACGAGGCGUCUGGUACCCCGCGCGAUUCUCCUUGCCUCGCUGCUUCUCUUCUUCCUCCUUCCCUUGCCUCGCUGCCUCUCCCACGCCCCUGCCGCUGUUCAUCUCUCUGCUCCUCCUCCUCUGCUUCCCCUAACGCUGCUGCUGCUGCUCUUCUUCUCAACCCCACGCUGCUGCUCCAUCUCUUCCACUUCCUCUACUUCCCUCCUUCUCUGAACUCGAAGCUUCUAGCAGCUGCUUCUUCCUUGGCCCCCUGCUCUGCUCCUAAUCUGAACCAUAAAUUGCUGCUACUCCCCUUCAUUCUCUAAAUUUCUGUAGACUUGAGAUCAUAUGUAAUAUUCAUAUUUGGCUAGUGCUUGAAACUUGCUAUUGGUUCAGAUUUGUAACUGUAUAAUAAUGCUAUGACAUGUUCAGUUUCAGACUAGUGAUUGUUUAGUACUGUAGUACUAUUUUUGUUCAUCCGAGAGUAUUAGAACAGUGCCCUGUAAUACCAUAUUCGCAUUUGUGUGUGUGUGUGUGUGAAAUAUAUUAAUUAUGUACUGCACUUGCUACUGAUUAGUGUCCAGUUUACUGUAGACUGUUGCUCAAGUUCCUGUGAUAUAUAUCAUGUUUGAUAGUUUAGUCUUCUAGUUAUUGUUGCACUGAUUUAUGUCAAGGAGAUUUGGCUAGUGUGAUGUGAGUCCAGUACAUGUGCUUUAUAAUCCUGUUUGUAACCGGUGUUCAUUUUGUAGUCCCGGUGAUAUAUCUUGUACCUUGUGCUAGCUAUGAACCUGUGAUAUAUAUGUGUGUGUUAUGUUCAUGUCCUUUUACUUCUCUUGUCAUUGAUGAUAGCUUUUGUUAGUAUCUUAAUUUCUCAAGCAUUACGAAAAUACCAAAAAGAUUGUUGAAGAUAAUUUGAACCUUCCUUGCUACUGUGUUAUUUUCUUUAUCGUCAACUUUGGUUAGUUUAGGUCUAUAUUUCUAUGCAAUCAUCAUCUAAAUUCUAUUACCUAGCUUUAGCCGAGUAUAGUUGCCGUCGCCUAGUCCCUGAGGAGAACACGACACUCGUAGUUUGGGUAUAAAAACCCCACUGUACCUACUAUCGAUCAUUUUGGCGCCGUUGCCGGGGACUAGUGUCGAGCGAUUGUGUUAGGCUAUAGACUAGGUUUUUCUUCUUUUUCUAGUUUGUGCCAUAUAUUUGUGAUAUAUCUCUAGCCACUAACCCCUGUUUUAGUUAGUAUCUUUUUGUUUUCUUUUCCUUUUUUGCAGGUUGGAUUAUCCUCUCGGUUAUGGCUUACUAUUCAGAUCAUCAGGCUUAUGCAAGCAACACUACAAACAGCACGGAAAGUAUUCAAGAACUGAUAAGUAAGAUUUCCCAUCAAUUAGAUGAUUUAGCUCGGCAGCGAGAAGUAGUUUUUGAGGAUAGGCCUAGCUCUUAUGAUCCUUAUUCUAGAGGCCAUCCUUGUGUUGCUCCUACCUGCCAUAUUUGUGGAUUUCAGGGCCAUUUGCCCGCUGUAUGUCAGCGUGGUUACUCCCAUCCUCCGGAUUGUUUUGGCAUGAGCUUCGCUCAACAGCAUAGCUCAUACCAAAACAAUUACUCACAUGGGUGGCCUGAAAGCCUGAAUAUGUCAUAUAGGAGCAACAACCCUGAGAUCUCAUCGUUUGCCUCUAGUUAUCCAUUGCAGGGAUUCAGGUACAAUGAGAAGAACCACAACUAUGCUCCACAACAGUCUUAUUCAGCUCCUAUUCAUAUACCUCUACACCAGGAGAUGUGUCCAAUGGAGUUAAAUGGUCCUCCAUUUGGUCAACCAACAUCUUCAACACAAGUGCCCACACAAGAUGACUUUGAUGAUAUAGACAAGCUCACAUUGCUUGGUCUCGAGUUCACUUGGAGUGCCGAAGAUGAUCCAAUUAGGCCGGUGAUACUAGAGGAAAUGAAGAAGAUUAAGAGUGGAAAGGAGCUAGUGGAAGAAGCAAGGAAGAUUGAGAAGAACAUCAACGCUGGCAGUACUAUAUCAUCACAGUUUGAGUUGAGUGUGGCUGAGAUAUCCAUUGAUACAUGUGAGGUUCCAACACCUUCACAUUCAGCUGAGCAAGAUAGCGAGAGUCCAGAGGAAGAAAUACUUCAGAUCCAAGAAGAAAUUCUCAAAGCCAAGGCACAAGAUGAUCCAGAGCUCAAACAACAAAGUGAUCAAGUUGAAGACUCAUCAUCUAUUAAUCUUGAAGAAGCAAAAGAAGUUGAUGUGAUUGAAGAUUAAGAACCAGAAACGCAUUUGCCCAUCAUCAUACAGGAGCGUGAUUUAGCAGGUUUAUCCAAUCCUCUUGAUGACAUGCUUCCUUAUGAGAUCUUUGCUGCUACUUUCCAUUGUGUUAUACCAUCAAUUAAGCUAGACUUGAAAAAUUAUUUGCUUGGACAUGAUCAUACAUACAUUGUUGGUGGCAUUGCUCUCAUUCCUGAUGAUGACACUUAUUUUCCUUAUGCUAGUCCUAUGCUUAAUAAAACAUAUUAUUCCCAUGCUAGUCUUGAGCUUAAUGAUAAAUUUCAUUCUCAUGUUAGUGUCGACCUUGCUGAUUUCUACCAUCCUAAACAUGUGCUUUAUAGCUAUGCUUAUGUAAUUGGAUAUUCGAUUGAUGACUUGGAGGGUAUUAUCCCUACCACUUGUAUUGUCUCUUUCGUUGAAUGCUCUUUCAGGUUUUUGCUUGUGCACGAUCCAUUACAUGUUGACCAGGUUCAAGGUGACAUUCCUUGGGACCCUGGUGGGCUCAGAGCAUGGGGAUGAGGAGAAGCAAGGGGGCACACACGAGGAAGGGAGAAGCUGGAGCAGGCAUGAGGAUAGAGAAUCAAAAGGACAGGAGCUGCAGUUGGUGAGGUGAUCGAGCGAGUGCUACAUGAUCAAAGCCCGAAAUGUGCGCAAAGGCACUAAUAAUCGUCAAGAUUCCGUCUAUGUGGCUAUCGAGGAGAGUGAAGAAGAGAAGAGAAGGAAGAAGAGACUUGUGUGAGAUGAAGAGAAGUAACCAGGGGGCUAGAUAAAGAAGUGGGAGGACCUUCUUGUGAAGAAAGAAGAGAAGAAAGAGGGCCAAAUCACAAAGUUCAGAUGAAAGGAGGGGAACAAAAUCCCUAGGCGCUGGAGGGAUUCGAUCGGGCCUGGCUACUCAUCUCUCUCCCUCGCACCUCCUUCUCCACCUCCGGCCGCCGCCACGUCCAGGCCGGUGUGGUGGUGCGCCUCUGCCACCCAUCCAUCCACGAGCAUACUCACCUCCAGCACCACACCACCAUAUCCACUCCACCAGUAGCGCCACCACCACCAGCUCGCGUGCACGACCAGCCAACCACCUGCGCCGCCAUCUCCCCGCGCCGCCUAGUACCUUCAGCACCACCAGCGCCUCCACCGCGCCUUCACCCCACGCUCGCGCGCCCGACCAGACGAGGCGUCUGGUGCCCCGUGUGAUUCUCCUUGCCUCGCUGCUUCUCUUCUUCCUCCUUCCCUUGCCUCGCUGCUUCUCCCACGCCCCUGCCGCUGUUCAUCUCUCUGCUCCUCCUCCUCUGCUUCCCCUGACGCUAAUGCUGCUGCUCUUCCUCUCAACCCCACGCUGCUGCUCCAUCUCUUCCACUUCCUCCACUUUCCUCCUUCUCUGAACUCGAAGCUUCUAGCUGCUGCUUCUUCCUUGGCCCCCCUGCUCUGCUCCUAAUUU